AUGAGAUACAUCCACUCCCAAGAGAGCCUGACGGUUCCCGAGAAUGUCAAGGUUCACAUCAAGUCCCGCAUCGUCACCGUUGAGGGCCCCCGUGGCAAGCUCGUGAAGGACCUGUCCCACUUGGCUGUCAACUUCUCCCAGCCGGUCAAGGGCACCAUCAACAUUGAGAUCCACCACGGCUCAAGAAAGAACGUUGCCACUCUCCGCACCGUCCGCACCCUCAUCAACAACCUGAUCGUCGGUGUCACCAAGGGCUUCAAGUACAAGAUGCGCUACGUCUACGCCCAUUUCCCCAUCAACGUCAACCUGGAGAAGGACUCCGAGACUGGUCUGUGGGAGGUCGAGAUCCGCAACUUCAUUGGCGAGAAGCUCGUCCGCAAGGUCAUCAUGCGCGAGGGCGUCGACGUCGAGGUCUCCAAGGCCCAGAAGGACGAGCUCGUCCUCUUCGGCAACUCCCUCGAGGCUGUCUCCCAGUCCGCUGCCGAUAUCCAGCAGAUCUGCAAGGUCCGCAACAAGGAUAUCCGUAAGUUCUUGGACGGCAUGUACGUCUCCGAGAAGGGCAACAUUGAGGAGGAGGCUUAA